CAGUGCGCACGGCUGCUGUGAGAGAAUGGUGCACCUCAGUGCGUAUCGGUGCGUAAUAUUGUCCAACUCCAACUUUAACCGUGCGUAGGUUACCAGGGCGCAAAGUUCCACGAGGCUCCACGCUCCAAAUGGCUCGGAUUCUUCCCCCGCACCCGCACGGGACCGGCGCUGUGUUGAUUCUGCUGCUUGCAGUGAUUCUGACAGGUGAUGCGGGCGCGCAGCGCUUCAACAGCUACGGAUUAUCUUUGAGAUCCGACCUGUCAGAGGACGCGAUACUGGUGGCCAACAAUGGGAUCCGCGUGCCUUUUGGGAGAUCAGUAUUCAUUGAUCCAGUCAACGAUUUGGUUAUCCAAGUUCAUCCCGGCGAUCGGUGCGUCAUUACAGUCCUGGACAACGAUCCGCUGUCUCAGAGGCCUGGACACAUGUCCGCCAAAAAGUUUCCGUGCGAAUUUGGUCCCAAUUAUGUGAAGUACUCUCACUUUGGCUCCAGGAGUCCUUCGAGGGACAGGGUGAGGUUACAGCUCAGGUAUGACACCCAAACGGACACCAUUAUAAUUCCUUUUAUGAUGGAAGUGGAAGUGAUUUUCACCCAGCUGGAAGUUCUCACCAAAAAUAUGCCACUCACUGUUGAGAAGUCACUCGGAACCAGUAACCCCAUUGAUAGAAAAACGUUAGAAUUCUCCUACGAUCAGAGCGCGCAGCGGUGCCAGGUGGGCUCGUUGUACCUGGAAAGCGCGCGGCCCAGGUAUGGAAAACGUGUGCGCGAGGACAGUGUGAAAACAAUGGUGGACUGUGAGGAAUUCCUUCAAAUGAACAUCCGUUAUCAGCACACUUUUGCUUUGAAGUCACCCAACAGAGAUUACAUUCCCAUGCUUGUGGAGCUCCAUGAUAAGGAAGGCAAUUUGCUCAAGCAGGAAUUUUUCCAAAUUCUGGUGCGGAUUAAAGAGGGAGAGGAGAACACGGCUCCUAAACCCAGCUUUGUUGCAAUGAUGAUGAUGGAAGUGGACCAGUUUGUAAUGACAGCAAUAACCACAGAUAUGCUGGCAGCAGAGGAUGCAGAGACUAAUCCUGAUGAAUUAAUUUUCAACAUCACAUCCCCGCUGUCCUUUGAGGAGGGCUACAUAGUGAGCACAGAUGACAGGAAUUUACCCAUAACCUCCUUUUACCAAGGAGACCUUAAAGAUCUCAAAAUAGCCUAUAAACCCCCAGCUGUGGACUCGGACACUGAGCGGAUUUUCCAGAUUGAGUUUGAGGUGGUGGACACGGAGGGGGCUGUGUCAGAUCCUUUUGCUUUCAUGAUUGUUGUUAAACCCAUGAACACUUUGGCCCCUGUGGUGACGAGGAACACCGGGCAGUUACUGUAUGAGGGACAGUCCAGGCCUCUGUCCAGUUCACAAAAUUUGGAAAUCAGCGAUGAGGACAAUUUAGACAAAGUCAGGAUCUCUGUAAUUAAUGGGCUGAGGCAUGGCGACCUCACUGUUCUAGGCUCAAAGAGGAAAUUUUUCACUCCGGCUGAUCUCGACGCAGGUGCAGUCAUUUAUCAACACGAUGGAAGCGACACCUACAGUGAUAAUAUUAUUUGCAGGAUGACAGAUGGCAGGCACGAAGUGGAGUUUCUCUUCCCGAUCACUGUUGUGCCAACUGAUGAUGAGCCCCCCAUAAUCAACGCCAACACCGGUUUGGUUUUAUUCAAAAACCAAAUGAUGCUGAUCUCCUCACACAUGCUCAGCGCAGCAGAUAUCGACUCAGAAGAUACUUCUAUAAAAUUCACAAUCGAGCCUCCCUUUUCCACGAUCGGGCAAGUGCUGCUGCGUCAGUCAGAGGCCCCUGAGGAUCCAUCAACCUGGAAGUUUAAUACGGAUGAUGAAAUGUACGAGAAGGUAGUGAGGGAAUGGCUGCAACGGGAUAUUACCGACGGGAAACUCUUCUAUAAGCACAUCGGUCCUCACAGCACCAGUGCAGUCACUGACCAGUUUGUGUUCAGAGUUCAAGAUGAUAAUGACCCACCAAACCAUUCAGGUGAGAACACGUUCAUUAUCAAGAUCCUUCCAGUUGAUGACCUCCCUCCCGAGCUGUACCCUGGCACUACUCUUCAAAUGAUUGUGCACGAGUAUCAGCUCACUCACUUCCGUAAGAAAUUUCUCCGUUAUACUGACCUGGACUCUGAAGAUCGGGAUCUUAAAUACACAGUCAUCCAGCCACCCACUGAUACUGAUGAGAACAACCCUGUUGUACUGGGGGCUUUGGUAUUAACUGAAAGUCCAGAUAUCGAAAUCUCAACUUUCACCCAGGCGCAGAUUAACCACCACAAAAUCGCUUACAAACCUCCUAAUCUUGAGCUCGGAAUUACCACCCGCGUGUUGCAGUUCCAGUACAUUGUGCAGGAUGUUUCUGGAAAUAGUGUUGAUGGAAUUUUCACAAUUUUUUUGAAGCCAGUUGACAACAAGCCACCGCAGAUAACCAACUCGGGGUUCACCGUGCUCGAGAGAGGCUCAUACGUCAUUACAAGUGCUGAGCUGUACACGCUGGACACAGACACGGACAGCGCUCAGAUCUCCUUCACCAUCACUCAGCCGCCGCUGCACGGACAAGUCCAGUUUAUGUUCACUGACAUGACAAAAGGUGACACUUUCAGUCUGGAGGACAUUGGAAAUGGCAGAAUUUCCUACAUCCACAAUGGAGAUGAAACAACAUUCGAUUCAAUGCAAAUAGAUGUCAGCGAUGGUGUCCACAUUGUUCCAAUUACAAUGAAGAUUAGCGUGAAGCCCAUUGAUGACGAGACCCCGACUCUCAGCCUCCCGACCGGCACCAUUGGCUCUUACAUAGAUGUACUGGAAAAUGGAGCAACAGAGAUCACAAGUAAUGUCAUUCAGGGAAAGGAUGAGGACACAGAUGACCUCCGAUUAACCUUUAUUGUGGAAAACCCACCAUCAUUAGGUCAAAUCUUAGUGAAGGGUGUCCCAUCUGGCACUUUCACUCAAGCUGAUAUCAUCAAUGGCUUUGUUGUCUAUGCUCAUACUAGUGGUGAGAUAGGCGUGACCGCAAAGGAGGACUUUUUCAAUCUCACUCUGACAGAUAUGUCUGAUGAGUGGACGGUAGGCGGAAAUAAGGUCACUGGGGUCAGAGUGCACGUUACUAUUCUUCCCUUGGACAGCCAGGCUCCGGAAGUCUUUGUGGGGGCGCAGUUUGCCGUCACUGAAGGAGAGAAGAGUUUAAUUGAAAUCCUUCACAUAAGCGCUAAUGACGUGGACACUCCCAGUGAUGACCUCCUUUGUACAAUCAUUGUACAGCCAACUUCAGGGUAUGUGGAAAAUAUUUCCCCAGCACCAGGCUCUGAAAAAUCCAGAACCGGGACAGCAAUUAGUGCCUUCACCAUCAAAGACAUCAAGCAGAGACACAUUUACUAUGUUCAGAGUAUCCACAAAGGAGCUGAACCGGUGGAGGACAGGUUUACUUUCAGGUGCUCUGAUGGCAUCAAUUUCUCUGAAAGGCAUUUUUUCCCAAUCUCCAUAAUCCCCUCUAAUGACGAAAAGCCUGAGAUUUACAUGAGAGAGUUUGUGGUUAUGGAAGGUAUGAAUAUAGUCAUUGACACACCCAUUCUGAAUGGCGCCGAUGCAGAUUACCCGUCUGAUCAGCUCACCUUCAUCAUCUCCAAACCCCCAAAGCACGGAUUUAUUCUCAGUCAGCUCACAACCGGCACAGUCCCUGUCUCUAACUUCACCUUGGCUCAGAUCAGGGAGGCUUCCAGUAUUGUGUAUGAGCAUGAUGACUCUGAGACCACAGAGGACAGCUUUGAUGUUGUUCUCACAGACGGAAAGUUCAGCGUGGAGAAAAAAAUAAUAGUGAUGAUUAUCCCAGUGGAUGACGAAACCCCGAGGAUGGCCAUCAAUGAUGGCCUUGAAAUUCAGAUAGGUGAAGUGAAAGUUCUAAACAAUAAUGUUUUAAAAGCUACCGAUCUGGACUCCGAGGAUAGCAUGCUGACUUAUAUUAUUCGCUAUGGACCUAGUCAAGGGUAUUUGCAGAAAACAACUAUUUUUGGAGCUUUUCAAAAUAUUACAGUCGGGAUGAACUUCACACAGAAUGAGGUAGACCAGGGUUGGAUUGUGUAUAUCCACAAUGGCCAAGAGGGGAUUCGUGACCUCAUCAAGUUUGACGUGACAGAUGGCAUUAAUCCUUUAAUUGACAGAUAUUUCUAUGUCACCGUGGGUGGCAUUGACAGAGUUUUCCCUGAUGUGAUCAGUAAAGGUGUCUCCCUCAAAGAAGGAGGAAGGGUUACAUUGACAACAGACCUGCUCAGUACCAGUGACCUCAACAGCCCGGAUGAACACUUGGUCUUUACAAUCACCAGGGCUCCCAUGAGAGGUCACCUCGAGUGCACAGAUACACCUGGAAUCCCCAUCACCUCUUUCACACAGCUCCAGCUGGCAGGCAGCAAAAUCUACUACAUCCACACAGCUGACGAUGAAGUGAAAAUGGACAGCUUUGAGUUUGAAGUCACCGACGGCUACAACCCAGUGUUCCGAACAUUUCGCAUCUCCAUCACUGAUGUGGACAACAAAAAGCCUGUGGUGACGGUGCACAGUCUAGUGGUGACAGAGGGCGAGAACAAGCUUAUCACCCCGUUUGAGUUAACAGCAGAGGACAGAGACACUGCUGAUCGCUUGCUGAAGUUCACCAUCACUCAGAUCCCGGUUCAUGGUCGUCUGCUCUUCAACAACACCCGUCCCGUCACCUCCUUCACCCAGCAGGAUCUGAAGGAGAACAUGAUCAGUUACAAGCACGAUGGCACAGAGAGCACUGAGGACAGCUUCUCCUUCACCGUCACGGAUGGCAUUCACACUAACUUCUACAUAUUCCCUGAUACAGUGUUUGAGACUCGAAAGCCCCAAGUGAUGAAGAUUACUGUCCUCUCAGUGGAUAAUGGGGUACCGCAGAUUGUGGUGAACAAGGGUGCACCCAUGUUGCGUAUUCUGGACAGUGGACACCUUGGCUUCAUGAUCACCAGUAAAACCUUGAAAGCAGAGGACAAAGACAGCAUUCAGGAUUCUGUGACCUUUAGGAUUACUGUCGCUCCAGAGCAUGGCUACCUGAUCAACCUUGGCAAGGGAAAUGCCUCAGUCUCCACUUUCACCCAAGCUGAGAUUGAUGACAUGAAGAUAUGCUACGUGCUGAGGAAUGGACACAGUGCUACAAAUGACAUCUUCUCUUUCUCAAUUGAGGACAGCGGAGGGAACAAACUGAAGAAUCAACAGUUCCGUCUGAACUGGGCUUGGAUCUCCUUAGAGAAGGAGCACUAUGUGGUGGAUGAAGAGGUCAAGUUGUUGGAGGUGGUGCUGAAACGUCGAGGCUACCUGGGGGAGACCUCCUUCAUUAGUAUUGGUACGAAAGAUGGCACCGCAGAAAAGGACAAAGAUUUCCGUGGGAGGUCUCAGAAACAAGUACAGUUCAACCCGGGCCAGACCACAGCCACCUGGAAAGUUCGAAUCCUUUCAGAUAGUGAAUAUGAAGUUUCAGAGAGAUUCCAGAUUGUUCUGUCAGAACCGGUGAUGGCCAUCCUUGAAUUUCCAGACGUUGCUACUGUGGAGAUACUGGACCCUGGUGAUGAGUCCACAGUGUUCAUUCCUUCCGCUGUUUACAACAUAGAGGAGGACAUCGGUGAGCUGCUAAUCCCUGUGCGCAGGAGUGGAGACGUCAGUCAGGAGCUCAUGGUUAUCUGCCACACACAGCAAGUGUCAGCCACAGGCACAAUCCCCACCACGGUGCUGUCCUACUCCGAUUACAUCUCCAGGCCGGAGGACCAUCACAGCGUCCUGCGCUUUGACAAGGGAGAAGUAGAAAAAUCCUGCCGAGUUGUGAUCAUCGACGACUCUCUUUGUGAAGAUGAGGAAAGCUUCAAUGUCACUCUCAGUAUGCCCAUGGGGGGCCGCCUGGGCUCUGACUUCCCCACAGCUAGAAUUACAAUCAUGCCUGAUUUGGAUGACGCUCCUGUCUUCUACUUUGGCAACGCCGACUACCAUGUUGAUGAGAGCGAUGGCUUUGUGGAAGUGCAAGUGUGGAGGACGGGCACCGAUCUCUCCAAAAGUGGAACUGUCACAGUGCGUUCCAGAAAGACAGAUCCCAUCUCUGCAGAGGCUGGUGUGGAUUAUGUGGGGAUCAGCCGGAAUCUAGACUUUGCACCGGGGGUCACCAUGCAGACAUUUCGUGUGACCAUCCUGGAUGACCUGGGGCAGCCGGUGCUGGAGGGGCCAGAGAAGUUUGAGCUGCUGCUGCGGAUGCCUAUGAAUGGAAUCCUCGGGGAGCCAAGCAAGGCUACCGUCUUCAUCAACGACUCUGUGUCCGACUUGCCAAAGGUGCAAUUCCGUGAAGCAGUGUACACAGCAAAUGAGAACGCGGGACAGAUUUCAGCUACUGUGUACCGCAGCGGUGACAUCAGCUUCAAGUCGACCGUCCGCUGCUACAGCAGGCAGGGGACAGCUCAGGUCAUGAUGGACUUCGAUGAGCGGCCCAAUACAGACACCUCCAUUAUCUCCUUCUUACCAGGUGAGACUGAGAAGCCUUGCACACUGGUACUAGUUGAUGACACAGUGUAUGAGGAAGAGGAGGAGCUCCGCCUGGUGCUGGGAAGCCCAAAGAGUGACUCUCCAUUUGGAGCAUCUAUUGGGAAGCAAAACGAAACUCUUGUCAAGUUAAAAGAUGAUGCAGACAAGCCAGUUAUUAAAUUUGGAGAGACGAAAUUCAGUGUGAAUGAGCCAAAGGAAAUUGGACAAGUGUCUGUGGUGAAAGUCCCAGUGCUGCGUGUUGGAGACGCCUCCAGAGUUUCUGUUGUCCGAGUUCACACGAAGGAUGGUUCUGCAACCUCAGGAGAAGACUACCAUCCCAUAUCUGAGGAAAUUGUGUUCAAAGAAGGUGACACAGAGCACAAUGUGGAGGUGGAAGUUUUAUUUGAUGGUGUCAGAGAAAUGAGGGAGGCAUUCACAGUGCACCUGAAGCCUGAUGAGAACAUGGUAGCAGAGACAAAGAUGAGCAAAGCCAUCAUCUAUAUUGAGGAGACCAACAGCAUGGCGGAUGUCACCUUCCCCUCUGUUCCCAGAGUAAUUUCUCUGCUACAUUACGACGACAUCGACAGGAGCAGGGAAGCACCUCCUGUGGCUGGAUACCCUGUCGUCUGUGUGACUGCCUGUAAUCCCAAAUACACAGAAUAUGACAGAACAGGCUCCAUCUGUGUAAGUGAGAACAUCAAUAACACCCUCACCCGUUAUCGCUGGCUUGUUAGCGCUCCUACUGGCCCUGACGGAGUCACCAGUCCAAUGAGAGAAGUAGACUUCGAUACCUUCUUCACCUCCUCCAAGCUCAUCACUCUGGACUCAGUCUACUUCCAGGCUGGUUCCAGGCUCCAGUGUGCUGCAAGGGCCGUGAACUCCAACGGGGACGAAGGUUUAGAGCUCAGCAGCUCCAUCGUGUCCAUCAGCCUGGAUGAGGGAAUGUGCCAGCCUCGUGUCGUAGGCUCCGUGGGGGCCGAACCCUUCUCUGCCAAGUUGCGAUACACUGGAGCAGAAGAUCCAGACCAUCCCAACCUCAUCAAGCUGACUGUCACAAUGCCUCACAUCGAUGGCAUGCUGCCUGUGGUGUCCACUCGGCCCCUGUCUAACUUUGAGCUCACUCUGAGCCCUGACGGUACCCGUGUCGGCAACCAUCGCUGCUCCAAUUUGCUGGAUUACGCUGAAGUGAAGACCCGCUACGGCUUCCUCACUGAAGCUACCAAAAAUCCUGAAGUGAUUGGCGAGACUGCACCUUACCAGUACAGCGCCACCCUGAGGGGAUCCAGUACAUUACGAUUCUACAGGAACCUCAACCUGGAGGCCUGUUUGUGGGAAUUCACCAGCUACUACGACAUGUCUGAGCUGCUCAGUGAUUGUGGAGGGACUAUCGGCACUGAUGGACAGGUGUUAAAUCUCGUGCAGUCCUAUGUGACUCUUCGGGUGCCACUGCACGUGUCCAAUGUGUUCCACUCUCCUGUGGGAGCAGGAGGAUGGCAGCACUUUGACCUGCAGUCAGAACUAAGGCUCACGUUUGUGUAUGACACUGCCAUCUUGUGGCGGGAUGGCAUUGGUAGUCCACCAGAGGCAGAGCUGCAAGGUGCACUCUAUCCAACCAGCAUGCGCAUCAACAGCCAAGGACGCCUUGUGGUCAACUUCCGCACCGAAGCUCGAUUUAGAGGCCUGUUUGUCUUUUCACAUUCAGCUUCACCACUCACAUCUAUGGUCAUGUGUCCGGACCACCCUGGUUUGACCUUUAACCUCAGUCUUGUGAGGACAGAGCCAAGCUACAACCAGCCCAUCCAGCAGUGGACGUUUGUUUCUGAUUUUGCUGUGCGGGACUACUCGGGGAUGUACACAGUGAAGCUGGUGCCCUGUAUGUCCCCUCCCAGCCUGGAGUACACCAUCCCCCCUGUCUGCAGCCCCAGAGAGCCUCUGACAUUUGACCUGGACAUUCGCUUUCAGCAGGUGAGUGAUCCUGUGGCUGCUGAGUUCAGUCUGAACACACAGAUGAUCUUACUUUCUAAGCGCACACUCUGGCUGUCAGAUGGCUCCAUGGGAUUUGGUCAGGAGAGUGACACGGCCUUCUCACAGGGGGAUGUGGUCUAUGGCCGAGUGAUGGUGGAUCCAGUGCAGAACUUGGGCAACUCUUUUAUUUGUAAUAUUGAGAAGGUGUUCCUGUGCACUGGAGCUGAUGGAUAUGUCCCAAAAUACAACCCCAGCAACUUUGAGUUUGGCUGUCUGGCUGAUGCUCCAUCGCUCCUUUAUCAAUUCAAGAUCAUUGAUAAAGCCCAACCGGAGACCCAGGACAGGUCAUUUGGAAAUGUUGCCUUCAGCGCCUUCCUGGCCGUGGAUGACCCCAGUGCUUUUGCUCUCAUGAGGCAACCUGGAUCAGAUGGAUUCAGAAUGGAUUCAUCUGCACUUUUCCAGGUAUCUGCAGGGAGAGAAUGGUACAUCCACACCAUCUACACUGUCCGUUCGCGGGACAAUGCAAAUCGUGGCAUAGGCAAAAGAAGUCUGGAGUACCACUUGCUGAGCCAGCACAACAGUCAGCAUCGCAGCAGAAGGUCAGCCAACAAGGUGCCAGACAUUGUAGAGGACAUCGGAGUGGAUAACAACCUUGGCACCAACAUCCUGCACAUAGCCCUGAACUACAGCACUGAGCGGAGACCCAGCCCAGAGCGGGAGAUCUUCACCGAAGGGAUCAUGCCCCAUGAGAUCAACCAGAGAGACAACAGUGAUGACAGACUGGUGUUGAUUGUUGGAAUCUUUGUCGGGCUGCUUCUGACAGUGCUCAUUAUUAUUGUGGUUGUUCUGUUGGUCUGCUCCAAGCAGGAGAAGAAGGAGGUAACCAAGGGAUCCAGCAGUGCCGAGCCGAUGGUGACACAAGGCCUCAGUAGCAGUGACAGCUCUGAGGUAUAACCAGCUGUCUGAUUAUCAAGAUUUGUACUUGUCAUUUUGAAAGUGCCUCACAUUUAGAGAGAUAUUUAAGCUUGUGUGUGAAGCAACAUGAACUUCAAAAAGCUUUGAUUCUAUUUGAAAAUCUACUUGAAGUACAGCAUCACUUCCACUAGGGGGAGACAUAUGGAAAUUGAUGGUGUUCAUUGCUGUUUAAAGACAUUCUCUUAUUGUCAGGCUCACUCCUUGAUUUGCUUUUUAUGCCAGAGGACCCAAAAAUAUGUAUUAUGUUUCCAAAGGUGCUACAGAAAAUGCCUCAACUUGGAAGGUAGUUGGUGUUUAUGAUAUUUUCCAUACUUUCAUAGGCUUUAAUAACAUUUUUUUUCUUUUUCUUGGAGUGUAUACUUGAUUUGUUGCAGGAAGACACUGUCCAUAGUUUGCUUACACUGGAGAAACCUGUUUGAUUGUUCACAUUUAGUACAAGAUUUGGGAAAUUUUGGGAUGUGAGGGUUGUCCUCUGACUGUCAAGAUGUUCUGAUUAAAAAAACAAACAAAAAACAUUCGAAUAUUAAUUUCUUGUAAUCAGACAUGCAUUUAUCUUUGCAUU